GAUAAACAGUAUGAGAAUAGCUUGUUGAUUAACAAGUAUUUUCUACUGUAUGAGGAGCUAUCCUAUGCGAUGAACAUCGGAGACAUCGCGCACGUUGAAACCUGCAUCAUCGCAUGGACAUUAAUAUUCAAGGCGACAGGCAAACAUAAAUAUGCCACAUGCAUGACAGAGUUUUUGAUAAACUUGCACUUCAGUUAUCCUGCAGGUUUUCAGAAAGCAAUAUGGUACCAUUGGCUAGUCAAUCCAACCAGAAAACCCGAAUGCUUCCGUGCCGUCGACUGGUGCGUAGAGCUCAACAAUCUAUUCAUCAAAUCGCCUCUGGUUGAAGUCUAUCGGGGUGCCCAUUCCGUCAUCGAAACUAACUUCAUGCAUACGGGGAGAACGAGUUUGCAGGCUGCACCUGAUAUGAAAAAAAACAUUUUAAGGGCUGCUAACGAAGAUGCGAUCGUCAUCUCCACACAUUCACAUGCCGGGACGACAAAGCACAUACUUAGUCCCUGA